ACAGCAGAGACCGCUGGCUGUGAAACCAGCCCCCCAGCCCAGCGGAGCCCAGUUCAGCCUCCUGAAAAGACAAACAGCGGAGAGCAUGAGCUUGUCUUUAGGAGAGGACGGGUCCAGCAAGCAGAUGAAAAUCACAACAGCAAACGACCUCGCGCCAAUCAGGCCCGGUGUUUCAGGUCCUCGUUUCUCUCUCUCCAAAACCGCCCCACUGACCAAAGUCUUCCAAAACGACUCCUACACAGCCAGCCCCCCUGCACCCUCCCCCCCCCCUCCUCUCCCCUCCCCCCCCCCCUCCUCCUCCUCCUCCAUCCUGAGAUCCAAACCCAGCCUGGUCGGAGCCUCUCGGACCCUGGUUCAACAGACAGGGGGCGCUGGUGCGGUCCAAAAGGCGGCAGAGACCCGGGUCCAGCGACUCUCGGCACCACAGCAGCCGGCAGCCCAGCUGUCUGUUUUCAGUCCCCUCGAAGGAACGAAGAUGACAGUUGAUAAUCUUCAUCCCAGAGUUACCGAGGAAGACAUCGUGGAGCUGUUCUGUGUUUGUGGGGCUCUGAAGAGAGCGAAGCUGGUCAGAGCUGGGUUUGGGGAGGUGGUGUUUGUGAAACAGGAAGACGCCGUCUCAGCCUACAGGAAAUACAACAACCGCUGCCUGGAUGGUCAGCCAAUGAAAUGCAAUCUUCACCUGCAGGGGGGCAGCGUCAUCACUUCUGAUCAACCCAUACUGCUGAGGCUGAGCGACGCUCCGGGCCUCCCGAAGAAAGCCCCAUCGACAGCGGACCUGCGCCAGGGGGCCCCGCGCCCCCCGUCCCGGCUGCAGGGGGAGGUGGACCCUGAGACCGUCCUCCGAGCGCUGUUCAAAUCAUCAGGGACCCCGACAGCGAGCACCCAGCCCACC